AUGGGAGGAGAAUCUAAUGAUGAUAUUAUUUCAGAUUCUCAAGAAAGCAGUCCAGAAACAACUAUCUAUGGAGAUGGCAAUCAAGAGGUAUCGAUAAGUAGCAAAUUCUCAUUGACUCAAAUUAAUUCUGAUAAUAAUGAUGAGGCUUAUAAUCAGAUAGAUAGUCCAGAGGUAAUAAACCAGGUUACUACCAUUGAUAGUCAAGAAAAUCCUAUUACAAAUGACUAUAUUAUUGGGCAAAAUACAAGUACUAGUUUGAUUAAUAGGCAAAUUACAUUCGAGAGGGAGGAUACCGCACCAAGACGAAUGCUUAGAAAAAGAACUGCAAUUCAAAAAAUGCCAUAUAGUUUAGAAAGAAUUAAACACAGGCAACUAUUGGAAGGAUAUGAUGUAUCUACCUUUGAUAUUAUAUCUAAUCAGGUUGAUCUUUCAGUUCUUGAGAAUAAAAUUAAUAAAACAGAUAUUAUAAAUACAAAGAUUAACGGCAAUGUAGUUAAUAAUGAUGAUAUAUAUACUAAUGACAAUACCAGUGAUUAUGAUAGUAAGAUAUAUGAAGAUGAUUCAGAUGUGUAUUCGGAGUACAGUAAUCAUUCUUUACAAAAAGAGGAUGAUGAUAUUAACAUUGAAACUCAAUAUGAUUUGGAUGAAGAAAUACCUACAUUACAAAAAGAUUUUUGUGACUCUACUGAGGAUAAUGUUCAUAAAAUAACUUCUUCUGAUGAAGCUAUUGAACCUGACAUUUUAUUUAGAGGAAAGAAAUUAAAAAUUAAGACAGGAUACCGAGGUGUUUUGCCUAAGAUGUUGUGGGAAAGACAGCUUUCUACAGUUGAAAAAAGAACUACCUAUUCAAGAAGGACUUCACCACCAAAAGAUGGGAAAGGUGUUGCAAAGAAGAAGAAGGUCAUUACGCAAACAGGCCAGGACGUUUCUUUACUAAAGGAGUUGAUAGUAGAUACCAAUGAAGAAAACAAUUAUCAUGAUGAUGUGACAAAAAAUUUUGAAGUUUAUCAUCAGAAUCCGACUGAUAAUGAAGUUGAAAAUCUAAGUCUAAUAAAUUUGGAUAAAUAUUAUCAUAAUAAGUAUGAUAAUUAUAUUUCUGAUUCAUCUUUGAAGUAUGAAUUAGAUGAAACCGGCAGGGAUGACAUAGAUAAGGAUGAUUUCACUCAUACUGGUGCAAUAAAUGAUAUUUAUACAAUUGAUGAUUUGGAGGAAUCAUCCUUGAUUGGUAAUGAGUUGUAUCCUUCCUCUGAUGAUGAUAUGAUGAUUGUGGAAGAUAAUCGUAGUGAGUUGAAUCCAUUAUUAAAUGUAAUUGAAAGGGGAAAGGAAAAUUUAAUUAAAAAUAAAGUAACUAAGAAGAGUUUCCUAAUGAAGGGGAAAUCUGUUAAAAGGAAGGGAAAGAUAACAAAAAUGGGACAAAAAAAUAUAAUACAACGUAUCUCUAUAAAAAGUUACAAAAGAUCAUCACCGAUUAUAUUAAACAAUAAAAAAUCUUAUCAAGAUAUAUUAAAGGAAGAAGAAAAUAAUGAAUCAGACGUAGAGAACAAGACUGAGAAGAAAAACCAUAAAAGUAAGAAAUAUUUUGCAAAUCGUAAAGUUGUAACAUAUAAUACAGUGGUAGAAGCUUUGACAGGUCAGUUUAGAUCUAAAUCACACAAAGGUAGAAGGUCUGAUGAAGGAGAAAAUGUUUUAAAUGAAGUAGUUAGUAUAGUAGACAAUUCACCUUUGGAGGUGUUGGAUGUAUUUUUUAAGAAAACUAGCUUAGUGCCACCAGAUAAUAUAGUCAUCUUGUUAAAUAAUAAAACCUAUACUCUCUCAAGGUUUAAUAGUGACAAGAUAGAAAGUACUAUGAAAACAAUUUUUGAUUGUAUUAUCAAUGAGGGGUCAUCAGAAGAAUCUUUGCUCACAUUAUCUAAGCAACUUACCAAUUUUUUAUGGCAACUAAAUAUUCCUUCUAUUCGUGUUGUUAUAGAAGAAUUUCAUGCGAACUUCAGAGAGAAGUUGAAUAGUCUGGGACAGAAGGCAAGAUCCAUACAUUUUUAUGUAUUAGCUGUUUGUCAAUUGAUGCUUUUGGAAGUUACAAAAUAUGGGAAUAUUGCCCUUAUAUAUAAAGAGAAGAUAAAAAGGACAAUAUUGAAUCACGUUGUAUCUUUAUUUUCUACUUUGUCUAUCUGUUAUGAAAAGAUAAAUAAAGAAAAUAUUGAUCUUUUGAAUCAGAGUUAUGAUAUUUUAGCUACAAUAAUUGAUGAAUUGAAAUUGAAAAAGCAACUGUGGUAUAUUUUUAAUGAAAAAUGUUUUGGUCCAGAUGUUGUUCGAGUACUUUGCAAUAUUUUUCCAAUAAAGACUCCACAAUGGGCUGCCAUAAAAAUUGAAAAUGAUUUUAAUGGGUUAAAGAAAGCCCUUUCCUUGAUAUCUUAUUGUCAUUAUAACAUGCAUUGGGAUAUCGAAACUUCUAUUAUUUUAAAACUUCAUGAUAUUUUCAAAGGGAGACGUUUUAACGAUUUUGAGGAAGAGGGAUCCUCAUCAAAGAUUAACAAAGUUUGUAUCAAUCCAGAAAUGGUCUAUGCUUGUAAAACUGUAUUCAAUCAAUAUUUAUUUUUGAUCAAUUAUAUGAGUAUAUCGAAUAUUAUGCUGGAAAAAUUAACACCAAUUAGCAGAAUGACGAUUAAUGAUACACCAUCUGCUUUGAUUAAUCGUCUUAAUCUGCUUGUUUUGUUGGCACACAUAUCUAAUCUUAAUUAUGCAAACAGGUUUCAGCUUUUCAUUACCCAACUUAUUGAAAUAAAGUUUGUUAAUGAUUUAAAUUUACAAGAUCGUAUGAGAAUAUCUGAAGCUAUAUUAAAUUCAGUUAUUUUCUUUCUCCUUGAUAGUGUGAAAAAAAAUGUUGCUAUGAAAUAUAGUAUUAUUCCAAUGAUAUAUGAAGAUAUGAUAUUGUCUUGUUCUUCUAAAAAACCUUUAUGGAUAAGUUUUUUGACUAAAAUUCGUCAAGUAGUCAAUAACCACAAAGAUAUAUGGAAUAGACUUAGUAAAGCAUUAUUCAAGUGUGGUAUUACCACAGAUGACAAUAAGGUUGAUAAAGAAUUGUUUUCUUUGUUUUUGGAUAUAUAUUUGGAGAAUUUAGAGAACACAGAUUCAAAGUGGAUAUUUGCAAAUUUGUUUCCGUUGGUGAGAAAUAAAGCACAAUUAUCAGUAGAUUGGAUUUAUGCUUAUUGUAAAGUUGGAAGAAGUCUAAUUGCGAAGGGUGAAUUAAAUUGGUGGCAAUUUGUUACAUUCCAUAGCCUUGAAAGUAGUCCUGAAAUCAGAUUUUACUUCAACUGUGAGGUUUUAGAGUUAUGUGACAAUAUAUCUUUUAAGAAUCUUGAAAAGGAGUUUUAUUCAGUUGUUGUUGACAAUAUCGACAGUUCAAUGAAAAAUAAAUCCUUUUGGAGGUUAUGUAAGAGGUUAUUACAAAAGAGUGAAAAUAAUGUGGUCAACUUCAAUAAUAUGGGUACUAACAUAGUUAAUUAUUCACCAUUUUGGAAGAGAUUGUUUGAAGUAAUGGGGAGACUGAAAUAUAGUGAUUUGAUUAUUUCACUUACACGUAAAUUAGCUGAAAUGUAUUUUAACGGGAUGAUCGAAAGUAAUUGUAGCCGUGAUAUAGUAGUAUUUUUGGAUUCUAAGUUUAUUAAUUAUUUACAAGACAUUUCUCAGUUUAAUCGUUUAAGAAAAGUUUUCCAAAUUUCAAAUCAAGAAAUAGAGAAUAAUAAUUUUAGGAAAGCUAUUAAUGCACUACCUGAUAUUAUUGAUCAAGUUAUUUUUAUGGAGCAGUCUAUUUUGAAUGCAAAUUUUGAUGAUGUAAUUGAAAAGAAGAUCAUAUCAUUAUUUUCAACAACAAAUGAAAUGUGUAACCUAAAUCCUUAUAGACUUAUUGUCACAACAAUAGUUGGGAACUAUUGUGAUUCUCUUACACCUACAAUUAUUUUUAAAAAUAAAAUGAAGAUUUCAAAUUUUCUUCUUUCUAUACUUUUAAAAGUUAACUUUAAAAAGUUCUACCAGGUAAAGGAAAAUGAAUAUCUGGAGUUGUUUCGUCUGGCACAUUUUAUAUUUAUCACAUAUGGGUUCAAAGAUACAGGGACAAAGAAGCCAUACGUAUACGCUACAUUUAUGAAAACAAGUUUACAAUUUUUUUUACAUAUGGUAGAUAUAAGUAUGGGAUUUGAUGAAAGUUCUUUGUUGAGUCAAUUUAGUACAUAUAAUUCUUUUGCCGCUGAAACUAAAAUAGAAUUAAGUGAUGUGGAUGUUAAAACUUUGUGUGAUAAGGUAGAUACGAUUUUAAUAAACAGUACUAAUGCAGAUAAUUUGGAUGCAGAUGAUGCAUUGACAGAUUCUGACACGAUAGAAAAUACAUAUAAUUCACUUAAUAAUAUUCUUUCAUUUUCUCUCUGA